CUAUCACAUGGCCGGAGAGCCACAAAAACAACAGCUUUGGCCAAGACCGUGACUUCAGGAAAGGGAACCCAGGGCUCUCGCAGCCAGCCCCCACCCCAUGGAGGAGAGUUUUCUUGACUCCUUUGGGAGGCUCAGCCUCCAGCAGCAGCGGCCGCAGCAGAAACCUCGGCCGCCGGCCCCGCCGCCCCCGCGUGGGACACCUCCGCGCCGCCACAGCUUUAGGAAACACCUCUACCUCCUGCGAGGCCUCCCGGGCUCGGGGAAAACUACACUGGCCAGACAAUUGCAACACGACUUUCCCAGGGCCCUGAUUUUCAGCACGGAUGAUUUUUUCUUCAGGGAAGAUGGUGCCUAUGAGUUCAAUCCUGACUUCCUGGAGGAAGCGCAUGAGUGGAACCAGAAAAGAGCCAGAAAAGCAAUGAGGAAUGGCAUAUCCCCCAUUAUUAUUGAUAAUACCAACCUCCACGCCUGGGAAAUGAAGCCCUAUGCAGUCAUGGCACUUGAAAAUAACUAUGAAGUUAUAUUCCGAGAACCUGACACUCGCUGGAAAUUCAACGUUCAAGAGUUAGCAAGAAGAAACAUUCAUGGAGUCCCAAGAGAAAAAAUACACCGAAUGAAGGAGCGGUAUGAACACGAUGUUACCUUUCACAGCGUGCUUCACGCCGAAAAGCCCAGCAGAAUGAACAGAAACCAGGACAGGAAUAACGCGUCCCCUUCCAACGGCGCACGAUACUGGAAUCCCUACGCAGAGUUUCCCAACCGGAGGGCUCCUGGGGGCUUCACAAACGAGGGCUCCUGUAACAGAAGAGGCGGUUGUCACCAUGGAUAUUAG